UCGACCUCUUUCAAAUGCAUCUUUGGUUCGAUUUCGUUAGGUUUUUGACCAAAGAUCAGAUUAUACUUAUAAAGGCAGGUCGUUGCCCAAGUUAUACCUCCAUAAUUUCACCUGUGCGUGGGAGACGCGAGUUGUGGUAACAAAAGUUUCGGGUCGCGCCAUCAGACCUCGGCAGGACACCGCGUUAGUAUCAUCGGCAUUGUGUUUAGUUUUGAUUGGGAUUUUUUUUACCAUGGAACAGCUAAGAGCGAGUUUUCUAUUCAAAAUUGCAUUGGUCUUCUUUUUAGCAGUACCACUAGACUCAGUCACAGUAAGCCCGGACCUGUGCCCCACGAACAAAAUAGCUCCCCACCGGAGGAUCGUAAGCUGGGGGCCACCGAGUGGACGGACUUUCGCCGCGUAUUAUGACCUCCUGGCGCCUCGCCCUCCAAACUCUCCUCUUCAGGAUCAGGCGUCGCUGCAAGAAGACCCUCAGCCGGACCAGCCAGAUGACUGCGGAGAAAUCGAGGACUACGAUGAAAAUGAUCUCAGCUCUGUAACACCUCGAAGGACCCGUGGCAGUCGUGAGGAUAAGCGUUGGUUUUUCGGGUUGUUCGACAAUCGGCCGCCUCAGCAGUUGCCAGCGUAUCGGCCCCCCACGACUACGAAUAGACCCCAAAAUAGCCCUCAGAACGGGGGUCGACCCCCGGCUCCUCUAAGACCCCCAUACGCGUCAGGAGGUCUGUUGAGCAAUAAUUACUACAAGCCGCCAUAUCAUCAAGUGCCAUCAGAUCAUUUGAAACCUGUGCACGAGUAUUCGGAUAAUUCGGAAGUUCAACAGACUUAUCGCCCUGACGUCGUGGGAGGUCCUCUUAUGCAUAUAGUAGGCCUGACUAGACCUACCGUCACCACACCUAAUGACGCCAUAAGACGGCGACAAGAAUAUCUUGACAGUUUGCGCCGACAAUCUACGCCGCCGACUUUUCAAACAGUAACGCGACGCCCAAGGCCUAGGAAAUUAACUAAUGACAGCACUGUAAUUGGAUCCUUCAUAGACUUGUUUUUCAAAUGAAACAUACACAAUAAACCUAUGUUUUAUUUUUUUA